AUGACAACGCACGAUCCAAGGCUGAACAGCCUGGAGGAUGACGAGUCUGUCGGCAGCUUUGUGGAGACGGAGUCCAGCUCGAGCUCUUCGCAGAAUGACAGGGCACGCGACAUGGCGAUGCAUGGCGAGCAGGAGAACUUCACGGACGGCUUCUGGUUCUGCAGUCUGGUUGCCUGCAUUUGCCUGAUAAACCUCUUCGCUCUGGGUGUGGAGGUUGACAACCGUUGCCAGUCCGGAGACUGCGUUAGUCAGAAUUCUUAUUUCGACAUCACCAACACCGUGUUCACAGCACUCUUCGUUCUGGACGUGGGAAUUCGAAUUCUCGCUACAGGGCCACGCCUGUAUUUUCUUGGACCACCGAAUCGGGACUGCAUCCCGAUAGAGUUCGUGAACUGCAUCGACACAAUGCUCGUGUUUCUACGAGUUGUCGAUGUCUGGCUGCUGGCCCCUUUCGGCGUCGUCUCGAACCUGAAGUUUGCGAGUGCCUUCAGGAUUUUUCAUGUUUUUCGAGCCGUUAAGCAAGUGCAGCUCAACGCGUCCUUUCGGGAACUCUGGCUGGUCGUAUCCGCACUCGGCGAGACUAUGUGGACACUUUUCUGGGUCGGCGUCAUGAUCAUCGGCGUCAUCUGGGUCUGCGGCAUCUUGGUCACCAUGGCGGUGGCGGAUCAGAAGCGAGAGGACUUCAACCUGGAUCGUGCAGAGUGGGACUUCGAUGAGUACUGGGGAAGUGUCCUCCGCAGUUCGUAUUCCCUGUUCCAGGUUGUGACACGCGACAAGUGGUCGGACUCCUUGGUAUGGCCUCUCGUCGAAGAGAAUCCCGGGUUGAUGGUGGUGUUCAUCUGCUUCCUGACGGUUGCCAGCCUGUCUCUGAUGAACUCCGUGAUUGGUGUCGUCGUCGAGAGCACCUUAUCAAGUGCACGAGCCACGGCAGAUCGAGAGAAGAAGGUGAAGGAGCGAAUUGAUAAGUUGGUUCUGCAGUCCAUGCGCGAAAUCUUCGAAGCAGCAGACACCGAUAAGUCUGGACGGCUGGACAAGGACGAACUGCAGGCGUCCUUCCGCAACCAUCGGGUCAAAGAUCGGUUGAAGCUGCUCCAGAUACCCUUCAAGGACCUGGAAAUGCUCUUUGGCAUUCUUGACGAUGAGAACGACGGGGAGAUCAACACAGACAAGUUCUUCCGCGGUGUCGAGCGUCUGCGAGGGCAGGCUGCCGCUUCUGACCUGCACCAGAUGAACAUAGAUUUGAACAAGCGGUUGAAAUGGUGCGACUCGCACCAAAAGGAGGUCACCGACCUGAACGACCAUCUUGCUGAACUGCUGGAUGCUGUUGACGACAUGGACGGCAACAUUGUCCGCAGCGAUGUGGACGAGAAGGAUCCGGUCCUCAUGGCGAAGCGGGUGCGGCAAAAGUUCGUAAAGUCAGAGCAGCUUCGUGGGAAGAACUUCAAGAAGGGCCAGCAAGCACCAGAGGCUUACAACCCGUGGGAAGAAAUGCGGCGGAAAGAAGUGAUGGCCCGGCGUCUUGAGAAGAAGAGACUCGAGGCCAGGCAUGGCGCCGACAUCGUCGAGCGAGCGAACGCAAGUGCUAACUCGUGA